AUGGUUCCUAAACAAACCAUCCUCGCUCUCCUGGUCGCAGGCGCUCUUGGCCGCAAUUUCCAGGGAGAUAUUUCCAGAAACUCAUCGCAAGGACAAUAUCAGAUCGCCAGGAUCAGCCAAUACUACGCAAAGCAACCACGACCGUACGUUAAGGGUAGUAUAUUCAAUGACGGCUAUGGAUGGAAAGCCUCGGGAUCUCCGUGCUAUUACCAGCGCGAGAUCCUUAUCCCCAAGCCUAACGGUAUCAGCGUCCAGAUUGUUGCCAAGGAAGACUUGGAACUGAUCAACGACACCAGAACGAGCGAAGACGAGAAUUACACAAAGAACAUAAUCAAAACGAAUUUCUAUAACGCGGCUGAUACUGAAUUAACCUAUCCCCGUUGGAGAAUCUGUUCGGUGCAAACUUGGACCUACACCGUCAAGGUUCAGGGCCGUUGCCCCGUCGUACCGCUGGUCGACCCAGUGUGCUAUCGAGAUUGGGUCAGCAACAAGGACCGCAGAUCACUUCGUACCGAGCGGUUCUAUCAGGAGCUGGUGAAAUCGCCACUAUUUAAACAGAAGCGGCUCCCCAAGGGUAAAAUUUCCAUUCCCUCGGCCUACCACCAAAUCGGUGAAUGGGACGAAGUAGCUCGAGGCUUCCUUAGUUCCAUGCAUCGCACCGGCGGCUGCCAAGCAGCGGGGAAUCAAACGGCUCGGUGCGAGGUGAUGAGAAACGAAACUAUAUUUCCGCAUCACAAGGAGGAUGGAGUUUGGUGGCACAACGAUGCAAAAUAUUCUGUCAACUAUACUCACACAAAGCCGUACUCGAUAGAGUUUCCCGUACUGGUAGAUGGCGAGAUCAAGAGGACGCAGGUCGUCAUCGACACGGCCAUGCCGGCCGCCAUAAGGGCCUCUAUACAAUCGGAGAGACUGUUCGCCGAGGUGGAGAACAAGGCCAGGAACGGGACCAGAGGGAGAAUCAACCCCCUUCCCGCCACCGUUCCUAGUACCGAGUCCCAACGUAAAAUACUGCUCGGUAUGUUGUUCCGCGCGUUGCAGCGGCUCAAGGGCUCGGAGGCAGCCGCAAGGAACACGACGGAGCCGGAGAGGACAUCCGGCCAGGCAGUGAAGGCUACUCCGGUAAGCAAGGACGCCCAGAAGGGAGGUCCCAGUACGAAAAACGACGACCGCCGCCUGAGGGAUGCGUUUGGCGAGUUCCUGGCCAGGGGCCGUCGGAGGGGAGGCAAGAAGGUCGGCGGUACGUUGCAGGCCAGAUCCGAGGGCCACGUCGAGGACCACGUCGAGGACGAGGACGAGGAUCAGGACGAGAAUGCGGGCCCUAACGUCGUUGUACUCCGAGACUACCCCAAGUGGGAUUAA